UAUAACUCCGCUAAAUCCGCCAAAUUUCUCCAACUCUCUCGCCGAAACAACAUCAUCCGUCUUCUCUGUCCUCCUCUGCCACUCAAUCAUGGCCAUCACCAAGGUCCCUCUGACCAAAGCCGCAAUGCGCAAGGAAAUUCCAGCAGGCGAUGAACCUCUGGUCGACACCACAGCGUCUCUGCUGCUCCGUUCCAAGCGCCUGGAACGACUCCAAAAGAAACGCCACCAAAAAGAAGCUGCCUCGAAGCAGUACGCAACGUUCUUGGAUCUCCCCUCAGAGCUUAUCCUCAACAUCCUGAGCCUCCUCCGACCCAGCGACAUAUUCACGCUAUCUCAAGUCAACCAUGGCCUCCAAAACUUCAUCCUCAAAGAUGCAUCUCGCAUUGCUGGUACCGUCAUCGCAGAACGAUAUUCGAUUCUGACAAGAUGUUUCCCGCUACCCGUCCUCCUUGAGAACGUAGACAAAGAAGCACACUCCGCCCUCCUCGAUAACGAGAGACAAGCAAAGCACCUACAAAUCCACAAGAAACCAUACCAGCACGUACAAACCCCGGAUCCACGCACGAUCUGCACAUGCUUGACAUGCAUGCUGACAUGGAACAAUCUCUGUCUUCUGGUCGACUUCGCACACUGGCAGCAGAAUUUAGAGCAAGGGGAACCCAUCCCGAUGGUCCCGCGUGGGAAAAAUCCCAAAUGGAACCAAACGCUCAUCUCAGCCAACGCAGCAGUCGUCCAAAAGGCCCUCUACAACACAUUAUGGUACGCACGGAUCCUCGAGCAACAUCUCAAGUCCAUAGUUGGUUCAAUACGUCGGCACGGAAACAAUGCAGGGAACAAACGGCGACGGUUCAGGAUGACGGUACAAGAUGCUGCUACGGAGACUGAUGCCUUCCUGAGUAGGAGCAGACCUCCGUCAAUGGAUUUCCCGUUUCAUAGAGAUAGUUAUUAUAUGUUGGAGGCGUACCUGCCGAAUCGAGGGUGGAAUUCGGAGGUCAAUGGGUGGGUGUACAUGCCAGCAACGCAGCAUGAUCGAGACGUUGAAUUUGUCAAGACUUGGGCGAAAAGGAGAAGAGAGGUUGCUGCUGAGGCUAAGGAGUUGAAGGAGGUGUCGUGAUGGGAGAAUUGGUUCCCGUUCAUGGCUCUGAUCCGGUUGCAUUAAAAUUCAAAAUAUAGGGGCAGAUCUGGAUUUCCGAUACGCAUAAAUCCGAAGAGAUGCAUUCCAUGACCCGCUUCGUUCGGAUAAUCUCCUACUCUUUGGUUACCGCCUCGUUACUAGAAGGUUGUCUGAACCGAGUGGUGUUCAGAAUUUUCCAAACUAUCCCUGUGCUAUGUUCUCGCCUUCAUAGGACUCGCCCGUUACAGUACUGCCGGAGCGAUAUUGGGCAAUGUCCCAACAGGACUUCGACCAGUUGAGAACAGCCAGCUUCGCAAGAUCUGAGCUUAAGAUAACAUCUGCAUAUUAGCAAGCUAUUGUGAUAUGCGCAUCUCCCAAAACUAUGAGGGUUGAACGAGAG